AUGGCAAAAGACGAGGACCAGGCGCAUCAACGAGGGCCGAGUCAACGGGUUCUCGGUGGCAAUACGACGACGCCCAAAGAUCCCGGUCGCAAUGCAGCGAUCAUCAAUCUCCAGCAAGGUAUUACUGACGAGGACUCUUCAAACAAAUCUGGCACGCCUUGUCGUCCGCAAUUGGACUUGGCGAGGGAAGGAAUGAUUCCAAAGCACACGAUGAGAUUUGUAGAGUUUUACUUGCGGUGA